AUGGGUUGCGGCAGAGGUAACUUGCAGAUGGACAAGGAACUCAGAGUUGGGAACAAUGCCGGAGGAGCUAUAGUGCCAGAGUUGGCUAUAACGUCAGAGUUGGUUGGGUUGGUGAAAAGAGAUAUAAUGGAGAUCAGAUCAGAUAUGGAGAAUGCGGGAGGCAGGGAGGCGAAGGAUUGGACACAAGUGAGAUCACAAACUGAAUUGGACUCUGAGGCAUUGCCAGGUGGCAAGGAGUUGGGAAAUGAUGACGUUGGUGAGGCACUUGGGGAAAGUGAUGACUUUUGUGUGGCCCCAGAGUUGAUGGUACAUGACACAGGUGCUACUCCAACCAUAAGUCCGAACCCUGCAUUUAAGCACAAAGAAUGGCAACAGGGUGUGGUGGAGCCACAGCAGCCCAAUUCAGGGGAGUCUCAAAUGCAAGGAGAGCCUGAUGAGGAGGAGGAGUUCAAUGAAGCGACCUUCACGUCUAGCUUGGACUUGACCCCCAGUGGGGGAGCCAAAGUAUGCUGGUGGAAAUCGAAGGAUGUCAUCCCCCUGCAUUGGAGCAGUGGGCUGUCAGCCAUUGAGCCUGGGUUGACGGCAAACACCACUACUGCAAGUUCAGUAGGGAGCUCAAGGGUACCAUCACCACUCCCUGAGCUUGAGGGUACUGCGAAGCUUGAGGGUGGCAGUAGUGGCAGGGAAAAGACGAAUGGGAAUAUGCAGGUGACCCUCAACACAAACGGACAUGGGUAUGCGGCACAGUCCAAUGGCAGGUUUGGGGGUGGUGUGAAUGGGAUGGGUUUGCUUCCCUUGCCUUUGUCUAUCCCUGGCCUGGGUGUCUUGGUGGGUGGUGGUGCAUUGUGGAUGGGUAGUAUGGGUAAGAAGUUGGGGGAGUUGAGAGAUAGUCCUAUGUACAUGUUUCUCCGAUUUUAUCAAUUGGACUCUUCUCUUGAGUGA